AUGAGCCCCUCUACAGUAACCCCCAACCGCUCCCCAGAGAGCCCCUGGCCCCCUUCCCAGAGCCCUGCGGCCCCUCCCCAGAGCCCAGGACAAUCUCCAUCCCUCCCCAGACCAGAGCCCUCGCUGCUACUCCCCAACGCCCACGGGCCCCUCCCCAGAGCCCCGCGGCCCCCUCCCCAGAGCGCCCUUGACCACUCCCUAGAGCCCCAUGUCCCCUCCACGGAGCGCCCCCGCUCCCUCCCCAAGCCCCGCGGCCCCCUUCCCGGAGAACCCAGCCCCUCCUCUGAGCCCUGUGGCCCCCUCAACCGAGCCCUCGCCCCUCCCCAGCACCCAAGGCCCCCUCCUCAGUGCCCCACGCACCCUCUCCAGAUCCCGUGGCCCCUCGCAGAGCACUGGCCACUCCCCAGUGCCCCCAUCCCUCCCCAGAGCCCUAGCACCUCCCAGCGCCCAAGGCCCCCUCCCCACAGCCCUGAGGCCCCCUCCCCAGAGUGCCCCGACCACUCCCUAGAGCCCCAUGGCCCCUCCACAAACCUCCCCUGCUCCCUCCCCAGUUUCCCGCCCACUCCCCAGAGUCCCCCGCCCCUCCCCAGAGCCCUGCAACCCAGUCCUCUGACCACCCCUGCCACUCACCAGCACUGGGGCCCAUUCCCCAGAGACCGCGGCCCCCUCCUCAGAGCCCCCGCCCAUCCCCAGAGCCCCGCAACCCUUCUUCAGAGCCCCAUGCCCUCCCCAGAGCCCCGUGCCUCCCUGAGAGUCCACAACCUCCGCCAGAGCCUGAGCCCCGCAGGUCCCUCCCCAGAGACCCCCAACCCCUCCCCAGAGCGCCCUUGGCACCCUCCCCAGAGCGCCCUUGGCACCUUCCCCAGAGCCCCGCGGCCCCCUUCCCGAGCCUCACAACACCCUCCCCGGAGCUACCAGGCCCCCUCCCCGGAGCCCCUGGCCCCUUCCCGGAGCCUCCCCGAACCUCAACAGAGCCCCACAGCCCCCUCUUCAGAGCCCCACGCUCUACCACAGAGCCCCCGGCCCCUCCCCAGAGCCCCGCACCCUCCCAAGCUCCACGUGCACUCUCCCCAGAACCCCACGGCCCCUCACCAAAGCCCUGGCCACUCCCGACCCCGCGACCCCACCCCAGAUCCCUGUGCCCCCCCAGAGUCCACAACCUCACCCAGAGCCCCGCACACCCUCCCCAGAGCCUCACAGCCCCUCCCCAGAGCCCAGGCCACUCCCCAGAGCUCCGCAACGCCUCCCCAGAGGCCUCCGCCACUUCCCAGAACCCAUAGCCCCUCCCCGGAGCCCCCCACCCCUCCCCGGAGCCCCGUGGCCCCUCUUCAGAGCCCCACGCCCCUCCCCAGAGCCCAGCGGGGCCCUCCUCAGAGACCCCCAACUCCUCCCCAUAGCCCCCCUACCCUCCCCAGAGCACCACAACCCCCUCCCCAAAACCUGUGGCCCCUUCCCCAGCUCCCCGAGGCCCGCGGACCCCUCCCCAGAAGCCCGCGGCCCCCUCCCCAGAGCCCCGCGGCCGCUCCCCAGUGCCCCAUGCCCCUCCCCAGAGCCCCACAACCCCUCCCCAGAACCUGCGGCCCCUUCCGCAGCGCCCCCAUCCCGUCCCAAAGCCCGCAGCCCACUCCCCAGAGCCCAGCGCCCCCCCAGAUUUCACAACCUCCCCCAGAGCCCUGGGGGCCCCUACCCAGAGACCCCAUAACCCCUCCGCAGAGCGCCCCUGUCCCCCUCCACAGAGCCCUGCGACCCCUCCUCAGAGCCCGCGGCCCCCUCCUCAGAGCCCCCUGUCCCACCCCAGAAUACCUGGCCCCACUUCAGAGACCCAUGCCCCUCCCCAGAGCCCCACAACCCCCUCCCCAGAGCCCCGCGGACACUUCCCACAGCCCCGCCCCCCGCAGCACCCCUGACCACUCCCCAGGGCCCUUGGCCCCUCCACAGAGCACCCCCGCUCCCUCCCCAAUACCCCCAAACACUCCACAGAACCCCCACCGCCCCUCUCCAGAGUCCUGUGGCCCCCUCCCCAGAGCCCCAAGCUCCUCCCCAGAACCCUGCGGCCCCCUCCCCGGAGCCCCUUGGCCCCUCCACAGGGCCCACAGCAACCUCCCCAGGGCCCACGGCCCCACCUCAGAGCCCCCCGCCAAUCCCGAGACCCCUAUGGUCCCUCCCCUGAGCCCCUGGCCCCUUCCCGGAGCCACCCCGCACCCCCCCAGAGCCCACGGCCCCCUCCCCGAGCCCCGCGGCCCCAUCCCCAGAGCUCCGAGCCCCCCACCCGGAGCCCAUGGUGCCUCUCCGGAGCACCCCCGCCCCUCCCCAGCGCCCACGGCCCCCUCCCCAGAGCGCCCCUGA